ACAGUACACUUACUCUUCUUCCCUGUUUCCCAAAAAUGGCGACAAACACAAUGACAAUCUCAACAUCACCAAGAGUUCUUCAUCAUAAUUCCUUGUACUCUCCUCUAAACACUUCACACCUUAUUGAUCCACAAUCGACCCAUUUCAAAUCCAGAAAAUCUCAAGUUUCUCACUUCAAUUUGAGCUUAAAUCGAUUCAGAAAUGCAUCUAUUGUUCCUGUUGUAAAAGCACAAACCACCCCAGAUUACAUGCCAGACUCCAAAUUUUACAAGAUUGAAGCGAUUCUAAGGCCAUGGAGAGUUGCACAGGUCUCUUCGGUUCUGCUGAAAAUGGGAAUUCGUGGUGUUACAAUUUCUGACGUGCGAGGCUUUGGUGCUCAGGGUGGGUCUACAGAGAGACAUGCUGGCUCUGAAUUUUCUGAAGACAAUUUCGUAGCAAAAGUUAAACUGGAGACUGUAGUCAGCAAAGACCAGGUUGAGGAAGUAAUUGCCAAGAUAAUCGAGGAAGCAAGAACUGGAGAGAUUGGUGAUGGCAAGAUCUUUUUGACUCCUGUUUCAGAUAUAAUACGAGUUCGUACAGGGGAGCGUGGAGAAAAGGCCGAGAGAAUGACUGGUGGACGCUCUGAUAUGACCUCUACAAUUAAAGUUUGAGCUGUAACCCAAAAAUGAAUUGCACUUAGCCAAAAAGUAACAUCAGUUGUUUUUGUGUUGGGUAAAAAUGUAGAACGUUAACAGUAGCAGUCGCCUCUAUCUCAACAUGGAAAUAACUGUACGCUUUUCUUGGGUGAAGUUUUCAACCUGCAUUAUGAAUAUUUUCAUUUUAAGGUAAGAGAGAAUAACGGAACAAACUUGAUUUUGUAAAUAAAGACGGUCUUAUAUUUGAAUGCAUAAUCUUCUUUUAACAUUCUGAA